AUGGAGUACAACCAUGUGCCCUCCUUUCCGAUUUGUACCCUAAAAGUGGAUAUCAAGUGUUGUGAUGAGUGCCCGAUUAAGUUGAAGAAAAAGUUGCUGAAAACGAAUGGAGUGACUUCCGUGGACAUUGAUUCAAAGAAAGGGAAGGUCACAGUUAUGGGUGACAUAGACCCAAGGAUACUCAUGCAAAUGUUUGAAAAGAUGGGCAAACCAGCAGAGCUUUGGUCCUUUCAGAAGUCCCCCUCGCAAGAGAGUGGCUGUAACAAGAAGAAAAAAGAAGCUCGGUUUGCAUGUGAUGAUGAUGAUGAUGAUAUGGAUGAUGUUUCUGAGGAUGAAUACUUGCCCAAAAGGAGUAGUGGCACUCGCAGGCCGAUGCAUGGCAACAAUCAUGGUCGGGAUUCAUUUAGCCAGAGAUCCAGUGCCCCUUUCUUUCGAAGUUCAAGGAUAACACCACGGCCCCCAUCUCGAUCGUCAACAAUUUUCCCUAAUCCAAUAAUGUAUUCAGGCCCAUCAGGUUAUUAUCGACCGCCACCACUAUCACUAUCAGGACCGGCGUACGGAUAUGGAUAUGAAUAUUUUCCAUCAAGGCCAUUAACAAAAUAUAACCCUAUGAUCCACUAUACCAGUUAUUGGGACAAUUACCGCCUCUCACCCUGA